AUGGAUGUGAAAAGACCUAAGAAAAUCUUUACCAGAUCACAAAUUAUUGAUUUAAUAGCUGAUGGGAAAGUCAUUGUUAUAUAUAAAAACAAUGUAUUAAAUUUGACUUCAUGGAUCAAGAAACAUCCAGGUGGAGACAAAGCAGCUUAUCAUAUGGUUGGGAAAGAUGCCACUGAUGAAAUGCAUGCUUAUCAUUGUGAUGAAACUGUUGAUACUUUUACUCGUUUUAAAAUUGGUGAGAUAGAAGGACCAAGAUGGGAAAAUUUGUUACCUCCAAUUCAAGGUGGGAUCUACGCCAAAGGAGGUCAUUAUGGGAGCCUCAAUAAUAAAAAUACAUCGAACAAGAAAACUUUGGAUAGUAAAUUAGAUAAUGAUAGUUCAAAUUCUACUUCAGAUUUAGAAUGUUUAACCACAACUAAUUCUUGUGAUAGUGAUAUCAGUGAAACAGAAAUUGCCAACUACAAAGGUAUUGGGUUUGUUCCUCUGGUGAAACCUGUUGUUCCUCAAAAUCAAUUAGUCAGUAAAAGCAAUAUGGAUAUUGUUUUCCCUAUUAUUGAUGAAGAGACGAAAAAGAAAGUUAUUAGAAACCCCAAAACUUUACUAAACAACUACGAUAAUAAAUUAUCUCAAGAAGAUGUUAUGUCAUUGCCAGCAUUGGAUUAUGAUUCACAACAAGUUUUAAGAGAUAAAUAUAAUGAAUUACAUCAAACUAUAAUUGAUUAUGGGUUAUAUGAAUGCGAUUUAUGGGACUAUGUAAGAGAAGUCACCAAAAUCGGAUCCUUGUUUCUUUAUUCCUUAUCAUUUUUAAAGAUUAAUCAAUUAUUUCUUAGUGCAGUCUUCAUGGGGAUGGCAUGGCAUCAAGGUACUUUCAUAGCUCAUGAUGCUGGACACAUCGGAAUCACUCAUAAUUAUCAAAUCGAUAAUAUCUUUGGGAUGCUUAUAGCUGAUUGGUUUGGUGGAUUAAGUUUAGGUUGGUGGAAAAGAAAUCAUAAUGUCCAUCAUUUAAUUACUAAUGAUCCAGUUCAUGAUCCAGAUAUUCAACAUUUACCGUUUUUCGCUGUUAGUGUAAGAUUAUUUCAAAAUGUUUAUUCUACUUAUUAUGAUAAAAUUUUACCCUUUGAUAAAUUUAGUCAAUUUUUAAUCCCAUUACAGAAAUAUUUAUAUUAUCCGAUUUUAUGUUUUGGAAGAUUUAAUUUAUAUAGAUUAUCUUGGACUCACGUUCUUUGUGGACAAGGACCUAGACAGGGGAAAGCUGCUUGGUUUAGAUAUUUUGAAUUUUUCGGGCUUAGUUUCUUUUUCUAUUGGUUUUUUUACUUGUUGGUGUUUAAAACCAUUGAAGGUGGUUGGAAUAGGUUUAAUUAUGUUAUGGUGAGUCAUAUAACAACAAUGUUGGUCCAUGUACAAAUUACAUUGUCACAUUUUGCCAUGUCAACAGCUGAUUUGGGAGUCAGUGAAUCAUUCCCUUCAAGACAAGUUAGAACAACUAUGGACGUUGAUUGUCCUGAAUGGUUAGACUUUUUACAUGGAGGAUUACAAUUUCAAGCUAUUCAUCAUUUGUUCCCUAGAUUACCACGUCAUAACUUAAGAAAGGCACAACCAUUCGUCAUUAAAUUCUGUGAAGAAGUUGGAUUAAGUUAUUCAAUUUAUGGUUUUGGUGAAGGUAAUGAAAUUGUUAUAAGUAGAUUGGCAGACAUUGGUAAACAAUGUUCAAUAUUCUUAGAUGCAACAAAGCACUAUGAAGGGGAUUUAUAUUAG